ACAGGGAAUUGCAUAUAAGCUUAAUUCAGCUCUGAUCUGCUUCAUUCACAUUCACUCUGUUUAGUAAGUCAGACAGCAUGUUUCUUGUCUGGACUCUCAGUUUUCUCAUCCUCAGCUACACUCUUGGGUUUCCCAUUCUUAAUAGUACAAGCAGUGGAUCUCACAUGGAGACUCUUCCCAGUGUCACAGAGAGGAACUCCACAGAGUAUAUUAAGACCGAUCAGACAAACAGAUCUGAAAUAGAGAUACAAAAAAGGCCUUCAAAAUUUCUCCGAAGGUUUUGUUUUCUCCCCACUUGUUCCUUGUGGAACCUGGGGUCAAUGCUACAGGCUGGAAAUGAGAUUGCUGGAGACAUGGCCAGUGAUCCAAUGGGAAUCGGCAAGAAAUGAAGCACGAUCCUGAAUAAUCAAAGAACCGGUGGUGUUUGGACUGACUAUGAGAAGAAGUUGCACUAAUGCAUUUCAGUAAAAUGAUGUGCUUGGCUAUCUUAGGUUUUCUUUUUAACAUUCUGUGAAAACAGAAUUAAUUUAGGCAUGUUAUAAUUUAUAGUAGUGUUGUAAUGUUUCUGUUUUCAUUUUGAUGAUAAAAAUGUUAUUUUGCAUUUUAUUUCUGUCCAGUCUUAGCAGCUUAGUUUUUAGUGUUUUUACUGAAACCUUGUGCAUUUUAUGGAAAAUUGAACAGUAUUUUCAUUUGACUGCCUUUAUAAGCAGAAGCCUUACUGCAGAUGUUGUUGCACCUGAUGGUUAGGCACUGUAGAUGAACGUGGUAAAAAGAAAAAACUAUAUUCCUAGGGAUUUUUUUAAGUUGUCUUAAAAACACAUUACAACAUGAAAAUGCAACAAUAUAGAAUGGGAUACUCGUUGUCUAUGUAUGUUGUAUAAUCAGUCAGGAAAUUUGUAGGUGUACUAUAAAUUCAGUAAUACAAUUCAUAAUUGUCAGCGUCA